GUUUAGGGUAUUUUUUUCGAGUCGAAAUCAAGUCACGUGCUAAUAUUUUGUGAAGAAAAAUGAGUGUAUGUGUAUGAGAAUAUUUAGUUUUGCCUAACAACUAGUUAUGGCAGGUUUUGUCAAUAUUCCAUCUAAUCUUGUUGGUUGGGAUAAAGUAGAUGAUCAUUUGGCUCCCCUAUCUGGGGAUCAAAAAUUGAAGUUCUCCUUUCUAGAAAAAGAGAUCAUUUCUCUAGAUCCUGUUCAUUACAAAGAGUUACCUAUGAGAAAUAAACAUUGGGAUCUACCCGUUCUGGUUCCUGGGCAAGGCAAUAGUAGUAAAGGAAACAUAAGAAUUUACCAGCAGUUGCUUAUAUGCUAUUCUACUUUGGAAAAAAAGCAUAGAAACUUGGAAGAUACUUAUUAUGUUUCCUUCCUGGAGCAUUUACAGUGCAGAAGUGAAGAGUGCAGUGACUUGUGCUUGCAGAUAGAAAUCAUGUUACUAAACUUUUCUAGACUGUCACAACAAUACUAUCAGAUGUCUAAAAAAACUAACUUUCUGCAUGAAGUCAGUAAACAACUCAUUUUUGAUCAGGAAAUGCUUAUUGCCUUUGUGGAGAAAGUAUCUCUUUACACAAAGUAUUGUAAGGAAGUUGAACAAAUUGUGGUUAAUUUGAAUGACCCCACUCUUGUAGUUAAUAGUCAAACAUUUUUUAAAUUUCUAAAAAAGAUAGAAGAUAAUAUAGAUUUCAUGCAACACAACAGUACAUUCAGAGAAAGCAACAGCUAUUUAGCACAGUAUACCCACUGUCAGACCAAGGCUUGUGCCCUUAUACAAAAUUACAUUUUCGCACUCUUUAGCAAAGCAACAAACAACAUUUUUAACCCCAAGGAUAAUGAAAGCUUUUUAAAGAGUCCUGAUGCUACCAUGGCGCUUUUCUAUGGGCGCUUCCAAUCAAUUUUGCCAAAAGCAAAGCCAGUUAUAGAGCUUGUUGAAGCAAUGUCUAGCAAACGUCUGGAAUUUGAGAGUCUACUAGUGGAGUGUCAUCAACAAUUUCUGAGCCACAGAGGACUGGUGUUAAGCUCUAGUGUGCUAAAGAGCUUGUUAUCCAUAAAGACGAAUUGCAACGGUGACUAUUGCAAUUUAGUGCGUCACUCGUGCUCCUUUAUGUUACACAUGUCUAUAGAAGAAUAUCGGCUAUUCUACCAGUUCUUUAACAAGCCCUCUGCCGCCUUGAGUGCUUUUUCUGAAGGCUUAUGCACUGCUCUCUAUGAUACCCUUAGGCCAUGCAUAAUACACAUCAAUCAUUUAGAGACACUAGCUGAAAUUUGUUCUAUACUAAAAAUUGAGAUGUUGGAUGAGCAAGCAUGUAACGCCGAGCCGCUUCAUGGCUUUGGAAAUGUCUGUAUGCAGCUGCUGCACGAUGUGCAAGAGCGCCUUGUGUUCAGAGCCCAUCUGUACCUACAGUCUGAUGUGGUGGGCUACAAACCAUCGCCUGGUGAUCUUGCUUACCCCAAAAAGCUUGAAAUGAUGAAGAAUAUAGCUCAGUCUAUCUGGGAAGAAAAUAAGCAAGUCAAGAUGAAAAAAGCUUCGUUGACCUCCACGGCAAGUAAUGUUGGUAGCACUGGUGUCGAGGCUAUUUCCAGAAUUCAUGUUAUGAGAAUUGAGCCAAUCUACCAAUAUCCGCAUUAUCAGCAGCAACAACAGAAACAUCAGCAAAGAGAUUUCCUGCAGAUGAGCAACUCGCCAGCGGAUCUUCAUGGCAUGUGGUACCCAACAGUGCGCCGUACACUUACAUGCCUAUCACGAUUGUAUAGGUGCGUGGAUCGACCAGUCUUUCAGGCUCUCAGUCAAGAAGCCAUAGUUUGCUGCGUCCAAAGCAUUGAAGUUGCCCAUGACAGCAUCCAGGCUAGAGCUACACCCUUGGAUGCCGAGCUUUUUCUUGUUAAACACCUGCUUAUCUUAAGAGAGCAGAUAGCUCCAUUCCAGGUUGACUUCACGGUGAAGGAGUACAGCCUGGACUUUUCAAAAGUCAAGACGGCUGCAUUUACUUUAUUAGAGAAGCGCUCGAGAUUGUUUAGACUGUCAAAUAAUGCAUUGCUGGAGUUUCUUCUUGAAGGCGCACCUCAAAUACGGGAGCAUCUCAUUGACUCUCGCAAACACGUUGAUGCCAAACUGAAGACAAGUUGCCAGAGACUAAUAAAACAUAUUACAAAGCUUCUUAUCAAUCCUGUACUGCUCAUCCUUGAGAAAUCUAAGUGGACACACGACAAACUGCACUUAGGCAGUGCAGAGUUCUUGGCAAGCAUUGUUGGUGAGACUCUACAGCUUGUGAAGUUCAAGCUACCAGACGUACACCAGUCGAUGCAACUGUAUUUGGCAAAUCGUGAAACUGAGUGUAUUUUAUUCCGGCCGAUCAAGAACAAUAUCGUUUCGGCCUUUACCCAGUUUACUCAGUUUCUUAACCAACACUAUACGGAGGAUGAGCUGCUAUUAAUUGCGUGCCCCUUACCUGAACAGGUUUCGGUCUUUCUGAGCUCAAGCUCUCUUGCUCAUCUCAAUCCAACAGAGCAGACUUCUGAUGAUACAACUGAAAUUUUUUUUAUAAAUCACUAA